UCUCGCCAUGCUUCGACCUCGCAGAAUGUCGGUGAGGUACGGGCCCGGCCUUUGGGGCUUGGGGCCUGACUCGUCGCAAGCUUCAUCUUCCUCUUGCUAUAGCCACUGCCUAGCUUCUGUGUCGCCAACUUGUAUACCGUCUCUUCCCGAUCAUCAUCCCAUUCACUGACAUCACGGCAAGAGCGGCUCAUCCGCAGCUGCGUUGCCAGAGACAAGGGCAAAAAAUAAUAAUAAACCUUCUCACCACUCGGUCCCGGUCCCGUUCCAGCGUCUCGUCAACGCUUGGGUAACUUGCAACUCCGCCGCAGCCCGUCAUCACCCAACAUUCAGUUCUCAUUACCUACUGAUUUGCUCGAUUUGGCUCGCGGCCUGUAUUUGAUUUCUUCCAUGGCCUUAGCCAGUCUGUCGCUUUGUCUCUGACGAUCAUUUCUUACCUACCAUUUUCCCUCUCGAUACGACCUUUGGCGCUAGAAGAGCGGCCGACGAUUUUUCCUGGUCGAACUAGCAUCCGAGCUGUGCUCCGCGGGCCCUGACGCCAUACCUCUCUUUUCCUUUCGGAGGAAAAAAAUAAAAUAAAAGCCCAUCAGAUUGGUGUCGAACAUGGCUCCUUCAGUCAAGCAGCGAAAGAUCGCUAUUCUGGGCAGUAGAUCUGUCGGCAAAUCCUCUUUGACCGUCCAAUACUGCGAAGGACAUUUUGUGGAAAGCUACUACCCUACGAUCGAGAAUACCUUCAGCCAUGAGAUUGUCUACAAAGGCCAGACAUUCCUCACGGAAAUCAUCGACACUGCUGGACAGGACGAAUACAGUCUUAUGAAUUCGAAGCUGUACAUUGGUAUACACGGCUACCUCAUUGUCUAUUCGGUGGCCUCGAGGCAAUCGUUUGACAUGGUGAGGAUCAUCCGGGACAAACUCUUGAAUCAUCUUGGUGCCGAGUCGGUUCCUAUCAUGAUCGUCGGCAACAAGAGCGAUGUCGACGCCAAAAAGCAACGCAAAGUCACCGCCGAAGAAGGGCAAAAGCUCGGCCAGGAACUCAAUUGUGGUUGGAUUGAGACCAGCGCGCGGAAUAACCUGAAUGUCGCAAAAGCAUUUGAGAUGAUGAUUGCCGAAAUCGAGAAGUCGCAAGAACCCGACAAGCCUGCUGGUGGAGGGAAGUGUGCAGUGAUGUGAAGAGCAGCAAUUGCACGACUUGCGAAGAUCCUCGGGUGGAUGUCGGUGACCCCUGGGAAUGUUUGAUUUUGGGAAGUUCUUCUGGUUGUCUCAACAUGUUGGGUGGGGUGUACUUGUUAUUAUGCUUUCGGCCUCAGUUGACGUUGGGAAACAUCAGGAUAGACAUCAAGGCGUUUGGCUUUACCCGCGGGCGUCCAUUUUGGAUUUGUGUCUGUCACUCUUGGGCUCAAGGGAGGAGAAAGGAAGUGGGCGCGCACCUCCUCAGAGACCCGGAAUUAGUCCAGUCGCUCGUCGAGCGAGGGAGAAUGCUCGCUGGAUCGGGCUUGCAAAUCAUGCAAUAGACGGAAGAGAUGGAAAUUGGCUAUGACUUUGGCCAAAUAACUAUGAUAAUAUCACCCUGUACUUGAUGUUCUCAAUUCUCC